CUCUCCCCGCCAGUUAUGGCUGCGCCCAUGGAAUCUCUGAGGAAGAGGAGAGGAGGGGGCGAUGCUCCCCAGCCUGAGCCCUUGAAGGCCCUAGGGCGGGAGUCUCCGACCUGUCCACUCAGUCUUCUGCCGGGCACCUUUUGGCUGACCAGGAUAGUGCUCCUGAGGGCCCUGGCUUUCAUUUACUUUGUGGCAUUCUUGGUGGCUUAUAAUCAAAACAAACAGUUGAUUGGAGAAAAGGGACUCCUGCCAAGCAAACUGUACCUAAAGCAAAUUCAGCAGUACUUCAGAGGUAAAUCUGCCUGGGAUUCCUUCAGUUACUCUCCAACAAUCAUCUGGUUCCUGGAUUGGUCGUAUAUGGACUUCAUCUUGGAUUCAAUAUCUCUUCUUGGUCUAGGAGUUUCAGCUUUCAUAUUAAUAACUGGUUGUGCAAAUAUGAUUCUCAUGGCUAUACUCUGGAUUCUCUACUUUUCGCUGGCCCAUGUAGGACAGAUCUGGUAUGCUUUUGGAUGGGAAUUUCAGCUCCUGGAAACAGGAUUUUUGGGGAUAUUCUUGUGCCCUCUCUGGACUUUUUCUCGACUACCCAAACAUACCCCAACAUCCAGCAUUGUUAUAUGGGGAUUUCGAUGGCUUAUCUUCCGAAUUAUGAUUGGCGCAGGCCUGAUUAAAGUGAGGGGAGAUCGAUGCUGGAGAGAGCUAACCUGUAUGGACUAUCAUUAUGAGACACAGCCUGUACCUAACCCUAUCGCCUACUACUUGCACCAGUCACCAUGGUGGUUUCACCAGUUUGAGACCUUAAGUAAUCAUUUCAUCGAGCUGGUGGUGCCAUUUUUUGUCUUUUUGGGACGCCGUAUGUGUAUCAUUCAUGGAAUUGUGCAGAUCCUCUUCCAGGUGAUUCUCAUCAUUAGUGGAAACCUGAGCUUCCUAAAUUGGUUGACCAUCGUUCCCAGUAUUGCCUGCUUCGAUGAUGCUGCCUUGGGCUUCCUGUUUGGCUCUCAGCAGGGAGGGGUUAAAGAUCAAGUCCACAAAAUGCAGCUUGAAGAGGCAAAGGAGAAUAAGCCCCCUGUGAGAUAUGGUUGUUUGGUUCGAAGACUAGUAAACAUCUCCUUAGGUGUCCUAAUUGCCUACCUAAGCAUCCCUGUGAUUAUGAAUUUGCUUAAUUCCAAGCAAGUCAUGAAUACCUCAUUCAACCCUCUGAGAAUCGUCAACACUUACGGAGCAUUCGGAAGCAUCACCAAAGAGAGGACUGAGGUCAUUAUCCAGGGAACUUCCAGCCUUGAAGCCAAUGAUUCCACUGCAGUAUGGGAGGAAUAUGAGUUCAAAUGUAAACCUGGGAACCUGAAGAGGAGACCAUGCCUGAUCUCUCCAUAUCACUAUCGGCUAGACUGGCUCAUGUGGUUUGCUGCUUUCCAGACCUAUGAGCAAAAUGAAUGGAUAUUCCACCUGGCAGGCAAGCUCUUAGCCAACGACCCAGAAGCCCUGUCCCUGAUUGCAUUCAAUCCAUUCGAGGGCAAGGACCCCCCCAGGUGGAUCAGAGGAGAACACUAUAAAUACAAGUUCAGCCGCUCAGGGGGAAAGCAUGCUGCCGAGGGAAAAUGGUGGAUCCGAAAGAGAAUUGGCCCCUAUUUCCCUGCAGUCAAUCUCAAGGGGCUGAAGGAUUUCUUUAAGUCAAGGGACUGGCCUCACCCAGGACAUGGAUAAAAGACAACCUUCCAGGUCUUCCCAUUAUAUUUGAAGUCUUGCUUUUUAAUAAAGCCCAGAAGCCACACUG